UCCCCUCCGCCCGCUCCCGGGCCGGGCUCCCCGCGCAGCCCCGGCUUGCCAGGCCAGGCCUCACUUUCACUUUCAGUCCCGGGGCGGCGAGGUCGAGGCCGGUGGCUGCGCGAGGGUGAGCGGCGCGGCCGGGUCCCCAGGUAGAGCGCGGUACUUUGAGCAGGAAGAUGGUGUCUCUAGCGCUCAAGUGGCCUCUCACAAGAGAGUCGUUUCUGCUCCCCUCACUAACUCUCUUAGCUGUGUCAACGCUUUCAUGGUGUCAGCACAGCGACACUACAGCUCCGGAAGCUAGGGAUGGAUCUCCAUUUCCUUGGAACAAAGUGCGACUCCCUGAGUACGUCAUCCCAGUUCACUAUGACCUCAUGAUCCACGCAAACCUCAGCACGCUCAACUUCUGGGGCACAACGGAAAUAGAAGUCACAGCCAGCCAGCCCACCAGUGCCAUUAUCCUGCAUAGCCACAACCUGCAAAUUUUUAAAGCCACCCUCAGGAGAGGAGCGGGACAGGGGCCAUCCGAGGAACCGCUGAGGGUCCUGGAAAAUCCCCUCCAUGAACAGGUGGCUCUUCUAGCUCCUCAGCCCCUCCUCGUUGGAUUUCCAUACAUAGUUAGUAUUGACUACACCGGCAAUCUGUCUGAUACCUUCCACGGAUUCUAUAAAAGCACCUACAGGACCAAGCAGGGCGAAGUGAGGGUACUCGCCUCCACACAGUUUGAACCCAUUGCCGCUAGAAUGGCCUUUCCCUGUUUUGAUGAGCCUGCCUUCAAAGCGAGUUUCUCCAUCCGGAUCAGAAGGGAGCCAAGGCACGUGGCCAUCUCCAACAUGCCCCUGGUGAAAUCUGUGACUAUUGCCGAAGGACUCAUAGAAGACCAUUUUGAUGUCACUGUGAAGAUGAGCACCUACCUGGUGGCCUUCAUUAUUUCAGAUUUUGAGUCUGUCAGCAAGAUGACCAAGAGUGGAGUGAAGGUCUCUGUGUAUGCCGUGCCGGAUAAGAUAAACCAAGCAGGUUAUGCUCUAGAUGCUGCGGUGACUCUUCUAGAAUUUUAUGAGGAUUAUUUCAGCAUACCGUAUCCUUUACCCAAGCAAGAUCUUGCUGCUAUUCCUGACUUUCAGUCUGGUGCCAUGGAAAACUGGGGCCUGACAACAUACAGAGAAUCUGCUCUGCUGUUUGAUGUGGAGAAGUCUUCUGCACGCAAUAAGCUUGGCAUCACCAUGAUCGUGUCCCAUGAACUUGCUCACCAGUGGUUUGGGAACCUGGUCACUAUGGAGUGGUGGAAUGACCUUUGGCUAAAUGAGGGCUUUGCCAAGUUUAUGGAGUUGGUGUCUGUCAGUGUGACCCACCCGGAGCUGAAAGUCGAAGAUCAUUUCUUUCACAAGUGUUUUAAUGCCAUGGAGGUUGAUGCUUUAAAUUCCUCACACCCCGUGUCCACACCUGUGGAGGAUCCUGCUCAGAUCCGGGAGAUGUUUGAUGAGGUCUCAUAUGAAAAGGGUGCUUGUAUUCUGAAUAUGCUGAGGGAGUACCUUAGUGCCGACGCAUUUAAAAGUGGAAUUGUGCAGUACCUACAAAAGUACAGCUAUAAAAACACGAGAAAUGAGGACCUGUGGAAUUCGAUGGCAAGUAUUUGCCCAGCAGAUGAGACCCAAACCCCGGAGGGGUUUUGUUCCCGAGGCCAGCAUUCAUCAUCCUCCUCACACUGGCUUCAGGAAACUGUGGACGUGAAGGCCAUGAUGAACACCUGGACACUGCAGAAGGGCUUCCCCCUCAUCACCAUCACAGUGAGAGGGAGGAACGUGCACAUGAAGCAGGAGCACUAUAUGAAGGGGUCUGACAGCGCCCCAGAGACUGGGUACCUAUGGCAUGUUCCACUGACAUUCAUUACCAGCAAAUCAGACUCGGUCCAGAGAUUUUUGCUAAAAACAAAGACAGAUGUGCUCAUCCUCCCAGAAGCAGUGGAGUGGAUCAAAUUUAACGUGGGCAUGAACGGCUAUUACAUCGUGCACUACGAGCAUGAUGGAUGGGAUGCUUUGACUGGCCUCUUAAAAACGACGCACACAGCGAUCAGCAGUAACGAUCGGGCUAGUCUCAUUAACAAUGCCUUUCAGCUUGUCAGCAUCGGAAAGCUAUCUAUUGAAAAAGCCUUGGAUCUCACACUGUACUUGAAACACGAAACUGAAACCAUGCCUGUGUUCCAAGGGGUGAAAGAGCUGAUCCCUAUAUACAGGUUAAUGGAGAAGAGAGAUAUGGUUGAAGUGGAAACUCAAUUCAAGGCCUUCCUCAUCAGGCUGCUGAGGAACCUCAUUGAUAAGCAGACCUGGACAGACGAAGGCUCGGUCUCAGAGCGCAUGCUCCGGAGUCAGCUCCUCCUGCUGGCCUGUGUGCGCAAUUAUCAGCCCUGUGUGCAGAGGGCAGAAGGCUACUUUAGGAAGUGGAAGGAAUCCAAUGGCAACAUGAGCCUGCCGGUGGAUGUGACCUCGGCAGUGUUUGCUGUGGGGGCCCAGGACACGGACGGAUGGGAUUUUCUUUUUAAUAAAUAUCAGUCUUCUUUAUCCAGUACUGAGAAAGGAGAAAUUGAAUAUGCCCUCUGCCUCAGCCAAAAUAAGGAAAAGCUUCAGUGGUUACUAGAUCAGAGUUUUAAGGGAGAUAUAAUAAAAACCCAGGAGUUUCCAUAUAUUCUUACAAUCAUUGGCAGAAACCCAGUGGGAUAUUCAUUGGCCUGGCAGUUUCUGAGGGAAAACUGGAAUAAACUUGUACAAAAGUUUGAACUUGGAUCGUCUGCCAUAGCCCUCAUGGUGACGGGUACAACAAGCCAAUUCUCCACCAGAGCACGACUUGCGGAGGUAAAAGGAUUCUUCCACACUUUGGAAGAAAAUGGCUCUCAGCUCCGCUGCGUCCAGCAAACUAUUGAAACCAUAGAGGAAAACAUCCGUUGGAUGGAUAAGAAUUUUGAUAAAAUCAGAGUGUGGCUACAACGUGAAAAGCCUGAGCUGCUGUAAACAGCUGUUUCGUGCUAAGUUCUCAGGAUCCAAAUCGCCCAAAUUAUCUUGAAUGUAUGUAUUUUCAAACUAGAGAUGUUUGGGGGGCUCCAGCUGAAGACACUGCUCUUCCCUUCAACUCUGUCAUUGACCCUUUCUGUGGAAAGCCUCUGUUCUCAUCGAGGGACUGCUGCCCUGCAGCGCACAUACACCAGUGGGCUGUCCACCACGGAAGGGGAAAGCGCUUCAUUCUUCUCACUUGUUGUUGUACCCUUGAAGCCAGCAGUGUUCAGAAACCUCAAGACCUGUAUGUCUGUCAUUCACACGUUUCAUCAAUGCCCUUAGAAAGCCGACUAGCGAAGAGAACAUGGAAUGCCUAGAUGAGUAGCUAAUAAGGGAGGCAGCUACCUGGAGCUCUCCACACUUGCCACCCGCCCACCAUGCGUGCCAUCCACCCUCCCCACGUGUCGUCCGCCCUCCCCACGUGCCGUCGAGCGCCAUCCGCCCACACGUGCCGUCCGCGCCGCAUGUGCUGUCAACCAUCCACAUGUGCUAUCUGCCCUCUCUUCCUUGCUUCAUGUCCAGAUGCUGACUCGUGGAGCCCAAACCAUCAGGUUUCCUCGCCUGCUCGAUAGUGGGCAGUGGAGAGUCCCAGGGGUUUGGCUCUUCUGGAAAAAUAGUGUCUUUAUGCCCACAGGAAACACUUUCCACUUAAAGUCAUACUGGAGCGCUUGGUAGGGGAAUGAUGUCUUCUCUCUUAGCUCUUCCCCUGGCCCAUUUUUAAAAAUUUCUUAAGAACUUACUAUUGGCACUUAUUGCCAGUAUAUAACUGUGGUCACCAAUGGGUGAUAAUAUAUUUUGAAACAAAAUAUUUGCUUCUAAUAGCCCAAGUAAAGACAACGCAGUCUACUAUUUUUGAAUUGAAGUCUUACAUAGGAAUUUCUAAAUGGACACAUGAUUUCAAGACAAAAAAAAUAUGACAUAAAAAAUGUAAAAAUGAGUUGCUCUAAUGCUGUGGGAUAGACUGGCUUCUAUACUGUUCCGUUUUUAUGCCUAGUGCAUGGCUGAUGGUUUGAGAAAUGAAAAUAAAGACAAAUUGCUUGUGA